CAAUUCUGAUAAAUUGCCAUUAGGUUGGAUGGGUAUAUAAAGCAAAUUAGACACAAAAUUCGAUUAGACGGACAAAAUGGAGACCAAGAUAUCCAUCGGACUGUUGCUCGUAUUCUGCGCAGCGUGGCAAGCGCACGCAGCAGUUACUUGCACGGCAGCCGGGCGUUUCGCUGAUACCUCCGACACCACCUGCCAGAACUACACACUCUGCGUCUACAACAAUUCCACCGGGACCUACCUCGCCUACAACUACACCUGCCCCACCACUUCAGUCUUCAGCCCCACAAUAUCACAAUGCACUGCAUCCUCUAACUACGUCUGCAACAACACUAGUACUACUUCCUCAACUAACAGCGCCUCAGUCUGCACAGCCGAUGGCUACUUCGCUGACCCCAGCUCCACGAACUGCUCUUCAUACAUAGAGUGUGUCGAAAUCAACGGUGCUUACACCGAAACCACAUACACUUGUCCUACUGAUACCUAUUUCAACCCAAAUACGACCCUUUGCGAAAGUGACUACAACUGCACGACAACUUCUACAUUCAACUGCACGGCCGCGGGAAGAUUUGCUGAUACCACGGAUACAACUUGUCAAGCAUAUUUCUUCUGUGUUUACGAUAGCUCGACAACAUCCUACAUUCAAUACAAUUACACUUGUCCGUCUACUUCACUCUUCAAUCCGAACACUGCAUUGUGUACAGCAUCUUACACGUGCACUAAUUGAUUGGAGUGUAAAAUGUCGUUUGAAUACUUUAUAAUGACAGCAAUAUGAAUUUGGAAACAGUCAAGUACUUAAUAAUUAUUUAUUUCCUAUAGAAUAGAGGACUAUGUGAUAAUCCUAAAGCAUUCAUAUUUGGGAAAAUUGAUAUUUUUGCUGGAUAAAUAGCUAAAUAAGUUGGUUGAUUAUGGGAAUAAUAAAAGUAUUAAUGGAUUAAAAAGUUAUUAAAUGUU